UCACUAGGUGAUACCUCAAACCCUCCUAUUGAGGUCGUAUAGUGUGAAAAAACAGAAAACUCUGCACUACGAGAUGGGAACUAGAAGGGAGUGUUGUGUCAAAAAGAGUAGAUUGGCAUGGCAGUGACAGGCCUAUAAAUGGACAUGGAAAGAAAAGACAUAUAGUUCAUACAAGGGAAGUACUGAAGCCAGGAAAGUUAUUGAGACUUAAUUGCGAGUGUGAAAACAAGGUUUAUUCAGAGAUGGCUUCUACUGUAUUCAAGGAAUUUAAGGAAGACAAUAGCUAUGCUCCUUUCCUCAAAGAGAACUUUGAUGUGCAGAGCCAUGUAAGCCAGCUGGUGCAGGGCAUGCUCAUCACCGACCACCUCAACAAGCUGACCCUUGGCCUAAACUGCCUGGAACGUGAGAUAGAGAACCAAGUGGGAAGUCACUAUGAGGACCUGCUAUCCCAGGCCACUGGUGUGGAGACCCUGGAGGAUGUGCUCAACACCAUGCAUACCAGGAUUCAGACACUACUUGCUGGGGUGGAGCGGCUGCGAGUGCGAGUAGUGGAACCGUUUCACCGUGUGGAGCGACACACCAUGGUGCUGGGGAGGCUGCAAGCGUCAUGUGAACUGCUGCGCCGUGUGAUCCGUUGCCUCAUGCUUUCCCACAGACUCCAGCAACAGUUGUCCACUGAACCACGAGACAUCACCAAAGCAGCCAUCAGUCUUAGUGAACUGGAUCACCUUGGCCGGGACAUUGAUCUGACUGGCCUGGAGGUGCUGGAGAAGGAACAACGGCUGGUCCGCCAAGCACGCAGUGAUGUGGAGAAGCAGGCAGCACUCAUGAUGGACCGUGGCAUGGAGCUGCAGAAUCAGACACAGGUGGGAACAGCUUUGCAGGUGUUCCAUAACUUGGGAAUGUUGGUGCCCAGUGUGGAGAGAGUGCUCAACUCUCUCACGUCAUCCAUCAAUCGUAGUGUGGCUAAUGCCCUAGAUGUCAAUGCUCUUCUUCAGAUGACUCAGGACAACAGACGUGGAGGUGGCCCUGGCAAGGCUGUCAUGCCCGCCCCAGGACAGUCAGUACAGUUUCGAGCAUCGCUGUGGUCCAACUUGGAGAAGCUAAUGGAUGACAUAUUCCAUGUGUGUGUUCAGACUUCACACUUGCACAAGGUUCUCGCCAAGAAAAGGGACCCAGUGACUCACGUGUGUUUCCUGGAGGUGGUGCAGCGUCACAGCAAGUGUGACUUGUUCACCUCUGUGUGGCAAAGUGUGACGCACAUCCUCACUCAAGAAUUUUCAAAGGCUGCACAAGAGUCGACCAUCAUCCGCCAGUAUCUGGAGGUGGACUACCCCAAGCUAGUGCGGCUGUAUGGGGAUCUAUGGCGGCGGCUGGAAGGCAUUACAGUGGAUAUGAUGAACACUACACCAGAUCUAUCCCCACUAGCCCCUUCCUCAAACACCAGUCAGGGUGGGGAAGAGAUCAGUGAGGCUAAUGAGCAUACCCAGAAUUUUGAUCCUGAGGAAGCGCUGAGAUGCACUCUGGUUCCCUUAGAGGAGGCGUACCUCUCCCGUUCCCGGUCAAGGCUUUUGGACCCAGUCAACUUGAUGUUUGCGGCCCAUGAGGCUCCCCCAGCCAAGGAUGAGGUGGAUGCACUUAUCAAGACCAUCACAAGUGAGUUGAAUGUGUCAGCAGUGGACAAGGCUUUAAGUGAGACAGUGGCACAUAAUGUAGCAGAGUCCCUCCAGCUUUUCUGUGUCAAAUGCCAACAGCUGAUAGACACCACAGGGGAUGCCAGCCAGGUCAUAGGUCCAGCUACAACUGCUCAGUUGUUGAAUGUGAAUGUAGUGAACCAGCUGUUGUACUUGAGAAACCAGGUAGAGCGCACGGCCUCAGCCACCCUGGCCCACCUGCCCAACCCUGUCACCAGCACUCUACUGCAAGCACUUCCUGCUAUUGAUGACCUGAUGUCCUCAGCUGUCCAGCCAUUGUUUGAGUCCCUCACGGAUGCCAUUGAGGCAAUCAUCCUCACCAUGCACAAUGAAGACUUCUCAGGGAGUGACACAAGUGGAACAGACUCUCAUUGCUCCCUGUAUAUGAAGGAGCUGCAAGGCUUCAUCACCAGGGCCUCUGAGGAAUACCUGGCUCCUUAUCUUUCUUCAGACAUCAUCAAGCAAAAGACACAUGACUUGGCUCGUCGCUCUUUGGAGUUGUUCGUGCGCCACGCCAGCCUCCUGCGUCCCAUUGGUGAAGGUGGCAAGAUGCGCCUGGCAGCAGACUUUGCCCAGAUGGAAUUGGCCAUCAGCCCCUUAUGUAGCCGACCCUCAGAGCUUGGCCGGCCUUACCGUGUGGUGCGCUCCUUCCGCCCGCUGCUCUUCCUCACAGUGGAGCACGUUGCUGAGUCUCCCAGUGUGGGCGAGGUCAUUCCCUUCUCCACUGUUCUUCACUUCCUCUUUGCCCGGGCGCCUAAGGAAAUGCGAUCCCCUCAUCAGAGUGCAGGCUGGUCAGUUAGUAGAUACAGUAAGUGGCUGGAUGAGCACCAGGAUGAAAGGGAGCGACUGCAGCUGGUGCAAGGCACCUUGGAGGCAUAUGUAGCUGGAGUCCGUGCCAAAAACUUGACUCAGUUUGCCCCGACUUACCCUUCAAUGCUGGCUGUGCUAGAGAGAGGGAUUGCCUUCCAUACACCUGCCACCAAAUAGAAACUCACUCAGAAAAUAUCUUGUUAUUUUUACUUAACUUUGCUUGGGUAGUAUAUUUUUUCAAAGUUUAUUUGUUUUAUGUAAAAUAUGAUAGGAUAUUAUUUAAACUUGUCUUUUGCCAUCUCUGUGCCUGUCAUUAUACAGAUCUAUUUAUGAAUCUUUAUUGAUAAUUAUUUGCCUUCCUGUCUCCAUGUAUGUCUCCUGUCUGGCAUCUUUUCUUUCUCUGAGUGAUAUAUGUUUAUGGGUGUGUGUGUGAGUGUGUGUGUCAGACAUUUGCUAUCAUGAAUCAACCAUCAUGUCUCCAGCAGUGCAUUAAAUAAAAAUGAACUCAAAAGGUGA